AUGCUGUGCAAUGGAAUUGAUCUGCUGCAGGGUCGCCCUCUUUCCGGAGAGGGAGCGUGGAAUCCGUGUGAGGGGGUCAUUGUGACAGUUUUGUGUGUGUGUGUGUGUGUUUGGUCUCAGUUGAGUGUGUUUCUCUGUGUGUGCAUACUGAUCUGUCUGCCUUUCCUCUUUCUGUCUCCGGCAUGGUUCGGGGAGAAGUUCGAUGUCCCGUUACAGAGCCUGCGUUCGACCCGUCCCGGCCCCAGUUUGGUUGAUGUCUUCAGGUUUGACCAGUGGUUGUCUGUCCGUCACCAAGCCACACUGGUGCCCAUGCAGGAGGAUCUCGCCAUCUGGCUCAGCGGCAUGCUGGAUGAGCAGGUGAAAGCCGAACUCUUCAUGGAGGAGCUGGACAACGGCGUCAAACUGUGUCGUCUGGUUGGAGUUCUUCAGAGUAAAAUCCCACAGGAUUCAGACACACAGCUUCCCUCAAAGAAAAUCCACUUCAAGAAAAGCGCCUCCCCUGGAUCGUUUUUCGCCCGGGACAACACCGCGAAUUUUCUGUCCUGGUGUCGUCAUAUAGGAGUGGAUGAGACGUACCUGUUUGAGUCUGAGGGUUUGGUUCUGCAUAAAGACCCUCGGCAGGUGUGUCUGUGCCUGCUGGAGAUCGGACGGAUCGUCUCCAGGUACGGGGUGGAGCCUCCGGUUCUGGUUAAACUGGAGAAGGAAAUUGAACUGGAGGAAAGUCUGAUUAUAACGGAUCACUCUUCUCCGGUGAAAACGUUCACCGUGUGCUGUCAGCACGGAGCGCUGUAUCACGCCGAUCGUGGGGACGAGGACGACCCUCCCUGUAACUGCUCGCAGAAGUUUUCCAUUGAGUAUCUGUCUGAGGGACGCUACAGGCUCGGGGGCAAGAUCCUGUUCAUCAGGAUGCUCCAUGGGAAGCACGUGAUGGUGCGUGUCGGUGGAGGUUGGGACACUCUGAAAGGGUUUCUGCUGAAAUACGACCCGGACCGCGUGCUGCAGUUCACGACUCUAGAGCAGAAGAUUCUGGCCUAUCAGAAAGGCCCGUCAGGCUCAGGUCCCGCCCUCAGCGCACAGCCACCCACGAUGGAUCCCAUCGCAGCCGUUAACCUCCUACCAGAGUCCUCUUCAUCAUCAGCAUCGUCAUCAUCAGCCUCCACGACGUCAGUGUCCAAACGCAACACGCCCACACCGCGUGUCAACGCCCAAUCGCCAGCAUCCACGCCCUCCAUGCCUCGAAAGACUCCCGCACCCAAGAAGAUCUUCCACACGCCUGCGUCUUCCCCUCUUUCAUCACCCAUCCCGAAAAGAAACCCAAUCCCAACUUCUCAGAAACUCCCCGGCUCAAAGUCCAAACUGCGUCCGCGUGGAUCUCCAUCUCAACCUCGCAGUCCCGUCUGCCCCGAACCGACCUGCAAACUACCCAAACCUUCAGCGCCGCCGCCUCAGAAACCUCCCACCGGACCCGUGCGCUCGCGCCUCGCACAGAGACGCCCUCCUUCCCCUGCGUUAGAUCCCAGAAAGGGACGUUCAAACGACCCUAAACAGACGAUUCCUCUCACAAAACCCUCUAAGAGUAAAUCUGUAGAGCAGAGCUCAGCCGGACCUGCCCCGUCGGCCAAUGUUAAACCCGCCCACAGGAAACCUUUAGCUAGCAGUAACCCGCCUGCUGUUAGCAUCCCGCUCAAACCGGCGCCCGCGAGCACUUCCCACAAACACACGACACGGACUAAAGCCGGCAGACGCGAGGAGCCCUACUUUGAGAUGAACAAUAAGAGAAGGGUGAAGAACUGAGAAUUCUGGGAUAUGUAGUCUUUUUAUUAUUUUUAUUAUCUGGGCUGAGAGUCACGCUUCACAUAUGGAUCGUAUGGAGCCGAAUAUCAUAUUUAAUUUGAUUUGAAUGAAAGUGUGUGUGUGUUGUAAAUUUAACUGGUUGUAUGUUUUUAAAAGAUUGAAAAU